GUCUAGGACUCACUAAUAGUACAAUUAAUAGCUCAAAAGUGUCCCUGAACUUGUUAUAACACCGCUUAACACUUUAUACUUUUAGUUUAUAGAUAUAAAAUUGAUAAAACUAUAUUAAACUGAUACAUUCAACUCUAAUAAUACUAAAUAUAUCUACGUAUUAAUAAAAUCUUGGUAAAAUGUCAGAAAAUAGAUUAAAUGUAAAAGCGUUUUUUAGCAGGAAGUUCUUUCUCCUCAUUUAUGUGUUGUGUAUGAUAUCUGUGACACAGGCCAAUGGACUAAAAUACAACAGAGGACCAUUAGAGGAGAGUUAUCAGAAUAAUAACCCAAGUGCAAAUGAGAAUGAUUUGGAUGAUAUGGACGACGAAUUCACUGGCACUACAUACCUAGAACCUGCGAAUGAUAAUAAUUCGUUCCUGGAAAACAAUGAAGAUUAUGACGAAGACGAAGAUGAUGAAGAGGAUUAUGAAGAGGAGGAUAUUGAUUUGGACCGAUUUUCAGACGCGAGUUUGUUGGAGAUGGAGAGCACAUCAGAUGAAGAGGACUCAAAUGAAGGAAGCGGAGGAAAUAAACUGUUGAAUAAAAUUAACCCAAAGUUAAUGAACGGUGGAUUUUUGAAAAAUUACCUGGACAAAAUUGGAGAAAGUAAGGCGAUCAAGGGAAUACACCCAAAGAAGGCAAUUGCAAAUGUAAAAACAACUAUGAAGGACUUACAACAAGGUUACAAGAAAUUAAAGGGGAAAGUAUAUCCAAGACACAAAACCUAUGAACCCAAAAGUCCAAACCAUUCAAAUCACGGGGGAAGGUCAGUGGACAAUAUGAGUGGAUCUAACGAGAAUAGAAAUCGGGGAAAGACGGGGUAUGGAAGACGAUUUUUAAAUAAAUUGAAUGGAGGCGAUGGCGCAAAACCGUCAAGAUUGAGUAGGAUCAGGUCAAGCCUGAGAAGUGUCUAGUCGAUUCCAAGUUUCUAACAAAUUAAUAUCUUAAUGUGUG